AUGGUUUUAGUGCAGAACGCGAUACUGAAGCACGGGCUCGUCGGGGAGCGCAGGUCGGCACCGCCGCCCGUACAGCGGCCGGCGUGGGUUAGUGGCUGCGUCUGGUGGGCCGACGCGAGCCUGGCGUACGUACUCUUCGCGCAAGCGGUCUGCGCCUUCCAGCUCCUAGUGCCGGUGCUGGCGCGCCGUCCGUACGGCCUCUUCGGCGCGAGCGGGUCCGUUCCGUUGACGGCCCUGCACGAGGAGUGCAUCGCGCCCUCAGUGAUCACCCGGUCCACCUCGUCCCCGGUGAGGGGGGCCGAGUGGGUCCUCUCGUGGCCUACCCUCAAGGGCUCUCGGAAUAGCGGGCACCCGGUCGGUAGGGAUAUCGUCCUAUGGUGCUUUAUUAGCCGGCCCGGCGCGUCGCCCGACCUCUCGAUUAGUGGAUUAUUCGGCGCUUGGUUUACGGCUGCGAAAGACAAUGAGAUGCGGCAUGUGAGAACACAACGGCACGCGCGCGCGGUGCUCAGGUCGGGACGAUGGUGCCUUUGUUUAUGCGCACAUCGUUACGAGGCGGUUUUCGCGGGAAAAUCGACUUUGCACGCUUUCACG